UGGAGCUGCUUAAUGCUGCAUUUCAGGCAGCUUUCUUGUGCCUCUCCUUCCUCUUCGAAGAGAACGCACAGUUUCACAGCUCAGGCUUUGCAGCAAUGGCGUCGGACAAGAAGGAUCCCAUCACAUUCUGCUACGAACAAGCCACUCGCCGGACCGCCAUUCUCGCAAACCACCUCUCCCCUACCGACCCCACUUCUCCGCCCCACCCGCUACCUCUCCCCAACCCGCACCCGACCGAAGCAUCAUCAGCUUUUGACACGGCCGCUUUUGUUGAACCCGUGAAUGCUUCCACUUCUUCGCAAGCUGAUGGAGGGCAGUUCGGAAAGUCGCAACCGUAUGCGUCUGCCACCGGCCAGCCGACAAAGUAUGCGAGGAUUCACGGGGAAGUAAAGCGCACGCCUGCGGUGUGGAGGAAAGCGGAGGUGCCGGGGCCAGAGCUGGAGGAUGUGCUGUAUGAGAAGGCAGAGGGAGAGGGCAUUGCAAAGAUUACGAUCAACCGGCCUGAGCGACGAAACGCGUUCCGGCCAGAGACUGUCAAGGAGCUGAGCAGGGCCUUCAACGAAGCGAGGGAUGACCCUGACGUGGGAGUGAUCAUUUUCACUGGACAGGGGUCUCUUGCGUUCUGCAGCGGGGGGGAUCAGCACUUCCGGGGCAGGGGAGGUUAUGUCGGGAAUGACAGAGUACCCCGGCUGAACGUGUUGGACUUACAGGUGCAAAUCCGGCGACUGCCCAAGCCGGUCGUUGCCAUGGUAGCGGGCUAUGCCGUCGGCGGGGGCCACGUGCUUCACAUGGUCUGUGACCUCACCAUCGCUGCGGACAACGCCGUGUUCGGACAGACGGGGCCAAAGGUAGGAAGCUUCGACGCCGGGUAUGGGUGCAGCAUCAUGGCUCGUACGAUCGGGCAGAAAAAGGCGCGCGAGAUGUGGUUCCUUGCGCGCAUGUACACCGCCAAAGAGGCGCUGGACAUGGGGCUUAUUAACACCGUGGUCCCGGUCGCGCGGUUAGAGGAGGAAACCCUGAUCUGGUGCCGCGAGAUGCUCCGAAACAGCCCCAUGGCGCUACGCGUGCUAAAGUCGUCCCUGAACGCGGUCGACGACGGGGGGGCCGGCCUCCAGGAACUUGGCGGCAACGCCACGCUUCUGUUUUACGGCUCUGAGGAGGGCAGCGAGGGGCGGGAAGCGUACGUGGAGGGGCGAGCGCCUGACUUCUCCAAGUUCAAGAGGCUACCGUAGAGUGACGUCAAAUACCAUAGAAUGACGUCAGAUUAAGGGAGACGGACAGUUGCCCGGCGCCCUGGCAUAGAUUGAUGUUGUGGGUCACUUCUUGAACGGUGAUCAUCAGCGUUGUACGGUGCAAGUUGUGCGAAGCCAAGAACCGCUCGCCAGCCGUUCGAUGCAGUCCAACGUGCAGCUAAACGUUGUCCGUAUCUUGACCUGCACAUGGUGCAUAAUUUGCACGUACCGAGUCGAAGUUGACGCCUUCGAUAGACACGAGAAAGCAAGCAAGCUGGCGGUAGCUAGCUAUCUAGUCCCGUCAGACAAAGCAUGGUACAGGAUGUCUCCAUAUGCGCGGGUUCACCUUCAUCGAGUCGAGGG